GGAAUCUUUUCGCGGCAUCUUAAAACCCCUAAAAGGCUAAAACCCUACAAAAAAAUUCUCUAGUGCCUGCUCUUUAAUGGCGACUUCUUGGGUUCGUCACAUUGAAUCGUUUGUCGAUUCAACUCGUCCCCUUACUCAACAGAAUGCAAGUCUUGAUGCUAUUGCUACACUUAUUAAGAAUGAUCUCGUAACCAUAGAAGCAUUGGUUAAAGAAAUGGCGAUGUAUUUGACAACUACGGAUAAUGUUCUUCGAACAAGAGGCAUUCUUCUUAUAGCAGAGAUUCUUAAAUGUCUUGCAACGAAGAAAUUAGACCAUGGGACGAUACAUAGCUUGAUAGGAUUUUUCACAGAUAGAUUGGCAGAUUGGCAAGCUCUACAUGGUGCACUGGUUGGUUGCCUGGCACUUUUGAGGAGAAAAGGAAGUGUUGGUGUGGUCAUUGACAGUGAUGCGAAAGCACUUGCUCAGUCUUUUUUGAAGAACGUACAAGUUCGAUCUUUAGGAAAGAAUGACCGCAAGCUGUGCUUUGAGAUUCUUGAGUGCCUUUUUGAACGCUACCCUGCAACAGUCGCGACAUUGGGGGAUGAUCUUCUUUAUAGUAUAUGCGAAGCGAUUGACGAAGAAAUGGAUCCUCAUUGCUUAAUGAUUACAUUUCAUCUUGUGGAAGUUCUGGCACAAUUAUUUCCAGAUCCAUCUGGUCCACUAGCAGGUUAUGCUGAGGAACUUUUCGAAAUCUUGGGACGUUACUUCCCUAUCCAUUUCACUCAUCCCAAUAGUAACGCAUUUGAUAUUACAAGGGAUGAUUUGGCAAGAGCUCUAAUGCUUGCAUUCUCUUCAACUCCUCUAUAUGAACCAUUUGCCAUUCCCAUGCUUCUUGACAAGCUUUCUUCUUCUCUCCCUUCAGCAAAGGUCGAUUCGCUAAGGUAUUUAAGCGACUGCAUAGUGAAGUAUGGGACUGAUAGAAUGGGAAAACACAGGACAGCUAUUUGGUCGUCUUUGAAAGCAGCAAUUUUUGCUUCAUGCCAGGAGGAGCCUAUAUUUUCAGGGCUUUCAGAGGUAGAUGGCAAGAAGAUUGAUGAGAACGAAAUUGCAAAGGAAGCUCUAAUUUGUUUGCAAAAAUUCAUCUUCCAAGAUGAUGCUUCUGUUCUGGGAUUGAUUUUUGGAGAUAAGGAGAUAGAUAUGAUUCUCAGUUCUAUUAUAAGCAGUAAGAGUUACAAUAACAUGUCAAAGGAAAGCAAACAGAAACUACAUGCACUUGGAUGUAUUCUCUCUACUUCAGUGAAAGUCUCCACUUCUUGUUGUAAUAAGGUCUUCCAAAAAUUCUUUCCUCGAUUGGUGGAUAUCCUUGGGCUCUCUACCGAAAAUUCAUCUAGGGGUUUCACUUCAGAUGACACUACUGGAUUUUCUGAAGAACUGAAUUUUGGAGCCCUUUACCUGUGCGUUGAGCUUCUUAUUGCUUGCAGAUGUUUGAUAAUUGGAUCGGGAGAAUGUGCUCCCCAGCCUGUUUCAGCAGAAGACCCUUGGUGUUGCUUGCUUAAAGAAUAUUCAGGUUCAUUAACCAAUGUGCUACAUUCUAUUCUGGUAACAAGUUUGAAAGGAAACACUAGCGAAGCUUGUAUUCACUAUGGAGUGAAGGGUAUGCAGACUCUGGCUACAUUUCCAGGAUGUUCAUUGCCUAUAUCAAAGUUGAUAUUUGAAAGAAUUCUGGCGAUCCUUGUAUCAGUUAUCAGUGACAGUCUUGAAGACACAUUUCUCUGGAGAAUUGCCUUAAAUGCGUUGAGGGAAGUUGGCAUAUUUAUUGAACAAUCACAUGAUUCUGAGAAGGCAAAUAUCUAUAUGGCUAUUGUAGUGGAAAAGGUUGUUUCGUUGGUUUCUGUUGGUGAGUCUAGUAUGCCACUUCCACUGCGGCUAGAGGCUAUUUCUGUCGUUGGUGCAGCUGGGAAAAGUUUUAUGCUUAGGGUGUCUCAAGUCUUGGAAGAAGCCAUUUCGAAGAAUCUCUUUUCUGCAUUUGUGGAAGGAAACCUGCAAUCAGCUGAGAUUGUAGGUCCGCUGCUGGAAUGCUACUCCAAUAAGGUGCUCUCAUGGUUCCAUAAAAGUGGAGAUGUUGAGAAGGUUGCUUUUCGUUUUGCUUUUGGAAUAUGGAAUCAAGUAGAAAGCAACAAGAGUUUCAACAUUGGUGACCAAGGAAAAGAGCUUCUUGGUGAAAUGAUGACAGCUAUGAAGCUGGCUGUUGCAGAUUGUUCAGAGGAAACUCAGGGUUUGAUUGUUCAGAAAGCUUGUAGCAUACUUGAGUCGAGCACAUCUUUCCCAUUGAAGGAGAUCAUUUCUGAACCUAACAAAGUGUUACAGUCUUCUGCAACUGUCUAUGGUCUUCCAUGUAGAGAUGAAUUGGUUAUCUCACUGUUUGCAUCAGUUAUUACAGCACUUCGUCCCAAGACCUCCGUCACCAGUGUGAGAGAAAUAUUGAAGUUCUUCACGAUCAUGCUUCUAAGAGGACAUGUUCCAUCAGCUCAAGCAUUAGGUUCUAUGAUCAAUAAAUUGGGCGUAAAUAUCAGUAAUAUGGGAGUCUCAAAUGCAUGUACUUUGGAAGAAGCGUUGGACAUAAUCUUCAAUAACGGUUUGCAAAGUGCCUUGAGUAGUUACCUCUUAAAAGACACCCCCAUGGAUAAUGGUGACACGGAUCUUUUGGAUUUAUGCUCUGACGUUGACGACAGUUGUAUAGGAAUCCAAGCCAAUGCUAUAGUUGGAUUAGCAUGGAUUGGAAAAGGUUUGCUAAUGCGUGGGCAUCAGAAACUAAGGGAAAUUGUAAUGAUUCUAUUGAGAUGCUUACUUUCAACUGGCAAUCAAAGCUCCUUGCCAUUGGAACAGGAGCUGUUGGGAGGUUACAAAGAAGAUGAUAUGAUUCUUGUUCUGAUUAUGUCUGCAGUUAAUGCAUUUGAUGUUCUUAUAAGCGAUUCUCGUGCUUGUUUAAAUAAACAGUUUCAUGCAACCAUAAGACUACUUUAUAAGCAACAUUUCUUUUCAACUAUGACGCCAAUUCUACUUUCUUCAAUAAAGGAUUCCCACUCAUCAACUACAAGAUCCAUGUUAUAUCGGGCUUUUGGACAUGUUAUUUCUAAUACUCCAAUUUCUGCUGUUGUGACUGAUUCAAAGAGGGUCAUUUCUGCAUUGUUGGAUAGUUUGUCCUUGUUGAGCUUGGAUGAUCGAGAUAAAGAUCUGAUGUACAGCCUCUUGCUCGUCUUAUCAGGGAUUAUAAUGGAUGAAAAUGGGCAAGAAGCUGUAACAGAGAAUGCAUCCAUCAUUAUAAAUCGCCUUCUUGGACUAAUUUCAUUCCGCCCUAUGAUGCUUGUUAGGGAGACAGCAAUUCAAUGUCUUGUUGCCAUGUCAGGGCUCCCCCACACAAGGAUUUAUCCCAUGAGACCACAGGUAAUACAAGCAAUUACAAGUGCUCUUGAUGAUCCAAAGAGGGCAGUUCGUCAGGAAGCUGCUAGGUGUCGUCAUGCAUGGGUAUCUCUCGCAUCAGGAAGUACUCGUUAUUGAAGACAUAUCUACCACAUCUGUACAGAGCAAAGUCCUUGCUGAUAGACAUAUCCACAGUAGAUAAACCCGUUUGAGAAUCAUGUAUCACCAUUAUUAGUUACAAGUUAAAACCUUUGCCAUAGCCAUAAUCCAUAUGUGGUAUUGUUCAAUCUCAUUCCUGUGGGAAAUGAUUAAGAAAAGUCUUCAAAUCUUGUUGAUUUCAAUUUCAGGAGGAGAAACUAAGGCAUUUUGGUUUAGUAGAAAAUGCAAUGAAUUUUAGGGAUUUGAGAAAUGGAGAAAUUGCUGAUAGAUUGACUAA